AUGCAGGCUACGAUAAUGUUCGCCGAAUCACUCGCAUUAAACCUCGACUUGCGCUUCACAGAGCCGGCCGCUCCGCUUUUCAUCGAUAUCGACGGCGAUCUCUCCGAGACCCUCUUCGUCAUCUCCACGAACCAAGUGCGCGAGGAGGACAUCCCCUCGGGGGUACAGCCGCGCGUGCACGCGCCGAGCCGCGAAGAGAGCAUGCAGCCGCGCGGCAGAAAACGCGAGCUCGAGUCCGCCGAGCCCGAGGCGCAUGGGCACGACGAGGCAGGGGUGCACGCGCGAGGCACCGUCACGCCGAGCAGCGCGCGCAAGAAGCCGCAGAAGGUCGUCGUGCACGCGGACCGCGACUCUGUCGCGCGUGAGCUGCAGGGGAGCCAGUGCAGAUCUUCGGUCGUGCGCUCGAUGCCGCCGCCGUCGCUGCCCCCGCACAGCAUGAACCCGCUCGCGCCACCGCAAGUGGAGCGCGAGCCGCUUUUCUUGCCUGGGUCGCAGGUGGAGCGCGAGCCGCUGUUCUUGCCCGGGUCGCAGGUGCCGCUGUCGCAGGCCGCCGAGGCCGCGAUACGCGCGUCGGGCCUGGGCAUCGAGAACAUGACGGUGGACGAGUUUGCGGCGAUGAUGGAGGACGAGGGCGAGGAGGUCGGCGCCGGGGCACCCGCGGAAGACGCUCAAGAUGCAGAGAUGGGGGAGGAGCGCGACGAGCUGGAGGAUGAAAUCAUGCGCGAGAGCAGCUUCGACCUGUAUGAAGACACGCACACGGAGUUCGCGCCUACGCAGGGGGACGUGAGUGCAAAGGUACGCAUCUCUUACUGGCAUAACGUGUGUUAG